AUGUCCGAAUACAACAUCGCAAUCCCUGACGCCGCCCUCGAGAGACUGAGGCAAAAGCUCGCCCUGACCAGAUUCCCCGACGAGCUCGAAGGCGCCGCAUGGGACUACGGAGCACCACUGGACGACAUCAAACGCCUCACCGAGUACUGGGAGAACGGGUUCGACUGGCGAGCGCAAGAAGCAAAGUUGAACGCGCUGCCCAAUUUCCAUCGGCCGAUCAAGCCCGACGGCUUCCCCGAACUCGACAUCCACUACGUGCAUCAGCGCUCUGCCGCGCCCGAUGCCAUCCCGCUCUUGUUCAUCCAUGGCUGGCCGGGGUCGUAUGUGGAGGUCACGAAGAUGUUGCCUGCGCUGCAGCAGCUUACCAACGGCGUCUCGUUCCACGUUGUCGCGCCUAGCUUGCCGAACUUUGGGUGGAGUGAGGGGGUGAAGAUGAAGGGGUUUGGGUUGAAGGAUUACGCGGUCGUUCUCAAUCGGUUGAUGAAGUCGUUGGGAUACGACAAAUACGUAACCCAAGGCGGCGACUGGGGCUUCAUGAUCUCGCGCGUCAUCGGCCUGCUCUUCCCCGACUCCUGCCUAGCCUCGCACAUCAAUAUGAUCCGCUCCGACGGCCCGCCCAAAUGGAGCAAAAACCCGCUCCUCGCGCUCCAGCACGCCGUCACGCCCUACAGCGCGCGCGACAAAGCCGGCUUCGCCCGCUCGCAAUGGUUCCUCACCGAAGGCAGCGGCUACCGCACGGAGCAGAGCACGAAGCCGCAGACGCUAGGCUACGCGCUGACCGACAGCCCCGUCGGCCUGCUCGCGUGGAUCUACGAGAAGCUGCACGACUGGACGGACGAGUACCGCUGGUCCGACGACGAGAUCCUCACGUGGGUGAGUAUCUACUGGUUCUCGACUGCGGGCCCCGCCGCGAGCUUGCGCAUCUACUACGAGGCGACGCACACGAAGGACGGCGUGCACCGUGAUCGCACGCACCAGUGGAUCCCCAAGGUGAAGCUGGGCUUGUGCCACUCGCCCAAAGAGCUGUCCGUCGUCCCUCACACGUGGGCGCGCACGCUCGGGCCGGUGGUGUACGAGUCGCAGAAGACGCGAGGGGGCCAUUUCGCCGCGUACGAAAUCCCGGACGAGAUUACGACGGAUUUGCAGAAGAUGUUUGGCAAGGGCGGGCCGUGCUAUCGCAUUGUCGCGAGCAAUGCUAAGUUGUAA